AUGGGCUAUGACAUCGAACGCUUCGUGGGCUACGUGAACGAGGGGCUGCUGUGCUCCAUCUGCCGGGACGUGCUGGAGGAGCCGCUGCAGGCCCCCUGCGAGCACGCCUUCUGCAGCGCCUGCAUCCACGGCUGGCUGGGCCGCCACGGCAGCUGCCCUGAGGACAGGCAGGGCAUUGACGUGUCUCUGCUGCGGCCUCUCUACAGGUAUAUGAAAAAUGAUUUAAAUCGUCUUCAGCUACAUUGCAAAAACAGAGAGUAUGGCUGUGAAAUGGUGUGUUCUCUGGAGUCCAUAGACAGGCAUGAAAGGGAGUGUGAAUACAGUCAGAUACCUUGCUCUAACACUGGCUGUACGGUUCAGGUUGAACGACGUAACCUGGAGGGUCACCUGGCGGUGUGCGAGUACCGGAGCCGGGAGUGCCCCAACGGCUGCGGCUACACCAUCCUCAGCGCGGAGGACACGCAGCACAACUGCGUGGCGGAGCUGAGAACGGAGCUAGAGCUGCUGCGGUCAGAAAUGAUCUGCAGAGUGGAAGAGGCAAAACAUGAGAUGGAGUCAAGGUUAGACUCACAGAGGAGGCAUAUGGUCCAAAAAGAGAGUAUUUUGCAAAAUGAAAUUGAAGAACUAAAGAGUCAGCUGUCCCGCGUGAUGUCAGACGUGCGCUCCCUGAUGGCUGCAGAGAGGCAGCACCGUCAGGAGCUGGAGCAGGCAGAGCUGGAGAAACGGGAGCUGCUGGAGCUGCUGAGGGGGCUGCAGAAGGACUGCCGAUCGACUACGACAGACGGAGGCCGGAAGGCAACAAAUUUCCGCCCUCUGACACGGCUAGAGAGUGUAAAGCGAAAACCUAGGGAGGUUACAGUUAUCUAA